AUGUCCGAUAACAACAAUUCUGGUGGCCGUACCCUUGGAGGUGACCCGGCUGAACCCUUGCCGUCCAAUUGGGCGCGUCCUGCUGCAGCUCCAAGAGUUGGAAGGAUUGGCGAUUGGUCUGGUUCAUCAUCAACAAGCGCACCUAGAGGAGGCGGCCGAUUCGCCACGAUUUCGGGCUUGGGCGGUGGUGCCGGUGGUGGAGGUCAAAGACAGCCACAGGGUGACGAUGAGGACGAGGAUGACGAGAAUAAGGGUGCCGAGAGCUGGUUUGCUGGUGGUGAACGAAGUGGUAUUAACGUGCAGAAUCCCGAUCGACAACGUGCGGUCCCUGGAGGUGAUAUGGUCCGAGAUCUUCUUAGACGCGCGGCACAGGCAGGCCCCCCUCCCGAAGCUCCGGCCAGAUCGUCUAAUGUCUUCACUGGCGGUGGUCACACCCUGGGUAGCGAUGAAGUUGAAAGCUCCUAUAUCCCAGGCAAUGAAACCGCUAUUCGCCAUUUAACCUUUUGGCGUGAUGGAUUCCAGGUUGAAGAUGGGGAGCUCAUGCGAUAUGACGACCCCGCGAAUGCCCAAAUAUUGGCAGAAAUAAAUGCAGGCCAUGCUCCACCUUCUAUUCUCAAUGUUCGACGCGGCCAACCUGUCGAAUUGCGUGUAAACAAACGAACGGAAGAUGACUAUGUUCCCCCGAAAGGAACAAAAGUCUUCUCAGGAUCAGGUCAUAGACUUGGAGCCGUCGUCCCUGACUUCAAUGCUGAGGCAGGCAGGAGCACUACCCAAAUGCCCGGAACGUUCCCUCCAUCAGCUCCAGCCACUUCCGCGUCAUCCGAAGACCGUCCUAAAAUUGCUACCAAAUUCGAAGUUGAUCAAGACAAGCCUAGUACUAGUAUUCAAAUAAGACUGGCCGAUGGAACUAGAAUGGUUGCUCGUAUGAACUUGACUCACACCGUUGGAGAUAUCAGGAAUUUCAUCAACGCCUCUCGCCCUGAAAAUUUGACACGCCCUUACACUAUCGGCACCACCUUCCCAAACCGAACAUUGGAUGACGAUACCGCGACUAUCCAAGGAGCAGGCCUCGUCAACAGUGUUGUCGUACAACGAUGGGCAUAA